AGUCAUGCGGCGUGCGCAACAAGGCGAUAUAAUGUCUUUGCCAUGGCAAAUAGCCUUCCUGAUACGCAGGUUUAGCUUCGGGGGCGAGUCCAUCCAGACGGUAAAAAUGGAUUACGCUAUUUACAAAAAGCCGCACAGUCAUUUAAAUUUGCCUCCGAUCAUGAUAAUGCAUGGUCUAAAUGUAAGUCGGUCUAAUUGGCGACGUACGGGUCGGUUUAUAGCCAAACGGGGACCACGGGCUGUGAUCGCUGUGGAUGCCCGGAAUCAUGGCGAGAGCGGUCACAGUUCGGAGCAUACGCCAAAACAUAUGGCAGCGGAUGCGGCUGCCUUUAUUGUGGGUCAUAAGCUGAAUCGCAUAGUUGCACUCGGUCACAGCAUGGGCGGAAGGGCGUUAAUGACUUUGGCACUGACUCAGCCCGAGCAAGUGGAGUGCGCCAUCUUUGUGGACAUCACGCCGGGAAAACUACCACGGGAUGUCCAAGAAGCAUGGAAUUUGUUUGAGAAAAUGGUGGAAGUGCUACCGACCAUACCCAAUGAGUUACCCCUGCACGAAGGACGCAAAUUCAUUCUGCCCUCGUUCGUAAAACUUGUAAAAAGUGAUCUAGAUUUGAUUCUGAUUGCUCAUAACCUAAAGAAGACCGAGUCUGGCACUUUCGCUUGGAAAUCUAAUCCUCAGGCCAUUCUCGAUGGCUGGGAGCAAUCAAUGUGCAACUAUGAGAAAACUUUAAGCGGAUUGAAGCCUUAUGAUGGUAAAACUCUCCUCAUUGCUGCAAAGAAAACAACAUUUGUAACCCCAUCGAAUAUUAAAACAAUGAAGAAAUACUUUCCAAAUUUGCGGGUCGAGUAUUUGGAUGCGGAUCACAAAGUCCACGUGUCUCAACCAGAUAAGUUUCUCAAUUUGGUUGUUGAUUUUACCAAGCCCUGAAGUAACUGUAUUAUGAAUAAGAGUCAGCCCCAAUUGUCAAUUUCUCAGACGCGUAUGGGAAUAAAAGGUUUAAAUGUUAUUCUGCAUCCGAAAGUAUUUCGAGUUCAUCUAACAAUAACAAUUAAACAUUUUAUUUGUAUACAUAAGACCGUAAGCACAUUAUAAUUAA